UCAGCGUACGAUCAGUGUCGGACGGACCGGCAGCGUGUGUAGGCGACGGGUGCUCGCGUUUGCCGUCCCAUACCGCGGUUUAUUUCGAUCUCCUCGAGCGUUACACGAGACGAGGCGAUUCGUCGCCUUGCCGGAAUUCCGAUUCCGGAUAAGACACGGAGCGGGCAUCGAACGGGCCGUUUGCUCCGCGGGUCGAGUGGUGGAGAAAGCUUCGAGGUGAAAGAGCCGAAAAUCGUGUUUUUCGAGAAGGACUUAAUUCCGAGAAGAGCAAUGCGAAACAGUAUUAAAAAGAGGAGUUACGAUUAUCCACAGUAGAGACAACAGCAAGGAAAUGGAAGCCACCGAAUGGAACGCUACCGAAACGAGUGGAAAAAACGAUGAAAAUAAAUGCCUCGCAGGAAUAACGAAAAUGCUUGAAAAUUAAACACGAAAACCUUCCAAGAAACGUUCGCAAUGAAUUAGAAACUAAAGAGAAUCAGUGUGAUCCCGUAGCGAAACUAUAUAAGUAUUAAUUGUUAUGUGAUUCGCGAUUGACAUGAUCGAAACCUUUCGAAGUUGUCCAUCCCCAGGCCGAAGGUAUCGUCAGCUUUAAGACACGAAUGAACUUUGGUGUUUCAAUUCCGCGGAACAAUUACGCUCAGCCACAAAGGAAAAGUGAUCAGACGGAUCUGAAAUCUAGAAAACAUGGCCAGUCGAAUGAAAGCCCUGUACAAUCAGGUCGUCUUUGAGAGGCGAAUUCUCCUCGGCUGCACAGUUCUCGUAGGAUUGUCGGUGUGCAUAUGGUCCGUCGCCAUCGGGACGGACCACUGGUUCACCCUUGAGUCGCCGACCGAAGAUGGUUUGCCCCUUGGGGAUCCAAGCAAGGGCCGAAAGCUGAUCUACAAACACAUGGGGCUCUGGAGAGGCUGCGUUUACGGUUUGGAACCAAAACCCGAGAACUCCACCGCCCUGGUCCCAUUCAAGGAGUGUAAGAACCAAGACAUGUUCCCGUCUGAGAAACAGUUCAAGCUUAACCCGGAACUGAACACCAUAGUCAAUUACUCGAGGACGCAGGCAUCGUUCGCGCUGAUCAGUCUGUUCAUAAUGCUAAUGGGCUUCUUCUUUUCCAUCUACACGUUUCGCAACCCGCGGUACAUGUUCAAGAGACUGGCAGGCGGAAUACAUUUCAUUAGCGCGGCUUGCAACAUGGUGGUCAUACAAGUGCUCCUCUCCUCAAUCGACUUCGAGGGUAAACACAUGCACAAGACGUAUCCGAAGGGUGCGAGUCUGAGAUACGAUUUCUCUUUGGUACUCGCGUGGAUCGUCUUUCUGUGUAGCUUGAUCUCUGGAUGCGCGUUUAUGCUGUUCUCGAGGAAAAGGAAGAGGGACAAAGCGCCCACCGAGGAGAUCGCGAUGGCCGACGAGCCGACGAUCAUCGGCCGUUGAUCACUUUCUUUGUCUCGUCUAAAGGAACAAUUAGACUGUCGCGUGUGCGAGAGAAUUUAUGAUUCGAAAAAUGAAAGUAAAAGACGCCCGGUACGUAUUUAGUAAUUGCUUGCGAGGCUGUCCGUUCGUUCAUCCGCGGAUUUUAAUUUUAAUCGUGCGAUCAACGUUCGACGUAGCAAUGAACGAGUAAUCAUGGACGCAGGAAUGAUAGAACAAUUUCGCAAGUAAUUACGUAUCGGAAAAAGCGUGUGGGGACAAUCGUACGAAAAUCGCGUGAAACGACGAGCGAAUAAAAAGCGACUUGUAUUUUGAAAGGAAUAUGUAUUUGUUGUCGCCUAACUAAUUUCUGAGUGUGAACACAGUUUUGAAUCGCUUCGGGAAUCCGACGAAGUGAAGCUGCGCCGUGCGAAUGCCGACACCUCGCCCUCUCCGAGCGGUUCGAUUGAUCGAUACGAAGUUACCCUCUCGGAGCGAUUUUAAAAUAUGACUCGUGCUAUUUCCUCGCGUCGAACGUCUCGUAGCUGGGAAAGAUGCUAUUUUUGUACCACGUCAAAACUGUCUAUGCUUACGAUAUUAUUCAGCGGGACCAUU